AUGUGGACGAACGUUUUCAAAAUUGGUAGUCUGCAUCAGAUAUCAUGGUUUCAGUUUCUCCCUCACGAACCUGAUCUGAGCCCUCUUCCCGACAAAAGUGUAAAAGCGGACCAGAAGGAUGCUGCAAUGUUACUGGUGCUUUCAUCACAUCUGCAACUACAGAAGGAAGGGUUUCUCAGUUCAUGGACCAAUUCCUUUGUUGGACCCUGGGAUCCAUCUCAGGGUUUGCAUAAUCCUGAUGAAAAGAUUAAGCUGUGGCUUUUUCUUCCAGGGCGUCAUUCAUCAGUUUCUGAAACUGCUCAACCAGCAUUAUCCGGAUUAAGAGUUGUUGCGUCUGGGCUCUGGGUCGCUCCUGGGGAUUCAGAAGAGGUUGCAGCUGCUCUCUCUCAGGCUUUAAGGAAUUGCAUAGAAAGAGCGCUGCUUGGGCUUUAUUACAUGAGAUUUGGAGAUGUAUUUUCAAAGGUCCAUCAAUUUCAAAGGGAAGAACUGCUAAGGAGAGGACACCCUGCAUUUGAGUUUGUCUUUGCUGCAACAGAGGAGGCAAUCUUUAUACAUGUCAUAGUGUCCUCAAAGAAUAUCCGAAUGCUUUCCACUGGUGAUCUAGAAAAACUAUUGAAACAUUCUUCGGAGACAACAUAUAGACUUCCAGUGGUUGUAUCUCCUCAUGGAAUACGUGGCAGCUUGACUGGCUGUUCAUCAAGCGAUCUUGUCAAGCAAAGUUAUUUCAGCAGCUCUUCCAAAUUAAGGGUGUCAAAUGGAAUUAUAGGUCUUCCAUAUCAUGCUUCCCAGGGUGUUGGUUGCCAGCUAAGGGGGCAGAAUUGUUUUGUUGAAGUGAGCCUUGGGUUCCCUAGAUCUGAAACUGACAAGGCAUUGCAGUCAAACAAAAAUAUUGUUAGGAAUUUACCCAAAUCUCCUGUCACGGGACAAAGUGAUCACAAAGGAUCACCAGAUCAUUUGUCAGAUAAUGAGAAAACAUUUCUCUAUCCAGCUGAGGCAGUGCUUGUACCUGUUUUUCAAACGUCGUUAGCUAGGUCUUCUUUGAGAAGAUUUUGGCUUCAGAAUUGGAUGGGUCCAUCCCUGACUGGUUCCUCGUCCUUUAUUCACUGUGCGGGUAAUGUGGAAUCUACUGAAGAUCCUUGGACGGAAUACAAUGGAUCCCGAACUCAAAAUGGUUAUGAUAGUAGUAGCAAUAGCAACAGUAGCAGUAUCAGUAGCUUAAGUGCCAGCUCCAGUGAUAGUGAUUACAAGACUACAGGACCAAGUGAACUAGAGGCAGAUGCUGAUUCUUUAGCGUGUAGACAGUCUAUGAUAUCUUCUGUUGAUCGAUUGGGAAGUGAUGGCCCCAAAUUGGGCUCUAAGCGGUCUCGACCAGGUACACAGUCAUUAAGUGCGACUACAAAUAUUCCUGGGCAAGAUGCGUACAUGUCUGAUUUUGGUUCCAUGGAAGUUAACAAUUCAGCCAUUACAAGAGCAGAGAAUGAGCCAAUUGGGUCUUACUGGGACUGGGGUGACAAUGAUGAGGAGAAUAGAGGCAUGGAAAUGGAUAUUCAAGCUCUUCUAUCCGAGUUUGGUGAUUUUGGCGACUUCUUUGAAAAUGACGAUUUACCUUUUGGAGAGCCCCCAGGAACUGCUGAAUCUCAGGCCCUUAUAUUGUCUGCUCCGGAUUGUGGAGAUGUCAACAGUAGUCCAGUUGGUAACGAUAUGAUGGAUGUUUCAGAUCAAAUGCAUUUGCCUGUUGGGUUUUCUUCCUUUGAGAGCUUUAAUCCAACUCCUCCACCAGUCAUGGAGGAGUGUCCUAACAAAGAUCAAGAUAACUUGAAUAACUCCAUGUCAAUGGGUGCAACUAAUCAAACUCAAAUGUUGUAUACUGGGGAAUUUGAUCAUAUAAUAAAAGCUGAAGCAAUGAUGACAUUCGCUCCUGAAUUUGGAGCUGUUGAGGCCCAUACUAGUGGGUUAUCCACCACAUUGUUCAGAAGCCCUUACUUUCCAAAGUCUCGAAAAGCAGAGAGUUCAAAUUCUUGUUCAAACAAUUACUUGUAUGGCGCAGAGCCACCCUCUUCUUCCUAUAUUGAAGGAUCCGAGGGGAAGAAUGGACUGGUUAUCAAUACAAAAACAUGUUCCGGAAAAAAUGAUACAAGUAUGACUCUCCACUCAAAAAAUUACUAUACUUUUGUGGAGAGUAGGAAAGACAUAAAUGACAAAAAAGCAGUUGCAGGUGUUGUUAACAACAUUGCUAAAUCUGAGGGGAUAAUACAACCUCCGUUCUCGAACAUUGGUUCUAAUGCCCCUGUCAAGUCUGUUUUAAGGAAGAUUACCGAAAGCACAAAGGACACUGGAGGCACAAAGGAUGCAGAACAUUUCACUCUAUCUGCAAAAACAUUAUUGGCAACUGAUGUUACCUGUGCUAUGUCACAAGCUUCCAUGUGCAGGUUAAGACACACACUCUUGUCUUCUGGUAACAACCUCAUUCCUGUUGGUUUGAGCAGAUCCACUGGGGUUACAUUUUCUAAUCAGCUUCAUAAUGACCCGAGUACCACUACAGAUAACAUAUCUGUCAAGUAUGAGGUGAAAAAGAAAGAAAAUAUACCAGUUAGGAUUGCAGGUGAUAUUGAUGGAGGAAUGCUUGAUGGGCACCUCAAUGCACCUGUUGGUGUUUGGCGCUCUGUAGGAGCUUCAAAAGUCGUAAAACCUUCCAGUUCACCGAACAUGGAAGUUGGUCCUUCCUUUUCCCAUAAUUCAUUCAACGAAGAAGGCAUCCUUUCUUAUGGUCAAAGAAAACCACUUCAGGAGCUUCUUGAUGGUAUCACAUUACUUGUCCAACAGGCUACUUCCUUUGUUGAUCUGGCAUUGGAUGCGGAUUGUGGUGAUGGUCCUUAUGGCCUGCUUGCGCUGCAAGAACAGUGGAGGCGUGGGUUUUGUUGUGGGCCUUCAAUGGUCCAUGCUGGUUGUGGGGGAACUCUUGCCUCUUCUCAUUCGCUGGAUAUAGCUGGUUUGGAAUUAGUGGAUCCACUUUCUUCUGAUGUUCAUGCAUCUACUGUGAUCAGUUUGUUGCAAUCUGACAUAAAAACAGCUUUAAAGUCGGCAUUUUCUAAUUUGGAAGGGCCACUAUCUGUGACUGAUUGGUGCAAAGGACGCAACCAUUUAGUUGAUACUGGAAGCGUAGUUGAUGGGGUUUCUGCUGAAUCUAGCAUUAGUGAAUGUAGGGAUUCUUCGGAACCAUUGAGCCCAUCCCAAUCAUCUGUUUGUGGAUCAUCCAGUUUUAAAGUUUCCAGCAUGAUGGAUAGUGCCAAGGUGGAUGAGACUUCCCAAAGGAGAUCUGGUCAAGAUAUGUGCAAUUCAGAGACAGAGCAGCACCUGUGCUCCCGGCUAAAACCCACCCUCAUUGCUGUUCCAUUUCCUUCUAUACUCGUAGGGUAUCAGGAUGAUUGGCUCAAGGCAUCAGCAAACUGUCUGCAGCACUGGGAAAAGGCUCCUCUUGAACCUUAUGCUCUGCAGAAACCUAUUACGUAUCACGUUGUAUGUCCCGACAUUGAUCCCCUUACUUCUGCUGCUGCUGAUUUUUUUCAACAACUAGGAACAGUCUAUGAGAUGUGCAAGUUAGGUACUCAUUCACCUCUGGUCUUGGGGAAUCAGAUGGAGAUUGAGCCCGCGAAGUCGUCAUCUUGUGGUUUUGUUCUACUUGAUUGUCCACAAUCAAUGAAGAUUGAGAGCAGCAAUGCAUCUCUUGUUGGUUCAGUAAGUGAUUAUUUUUUAUCUUUAUCUAAUGGUUGGGACCUGACUAGUUAUCUCAAGUCUCUUUCAAAGGCGCUGAGAGCUUUAAACCUCAACUCUUGUCUUUCUGCGAACUCCACUGAAGGAAGUAACAAUUCCUGUUUGGUAAUCUAUGUGGUGUGCCCGUUUCCUGAUCCAUCUGCAAUUUUACAAACUGUUAUUGAAUCAUCUGUGGCCAUUGGAUCAGUUAUCCAACAGUCAGACAGAGAGAGAAGAUCUAGCUUGCACAGUCAGGUUGUAAAGGCAUUGAGUGGUUUGGCAACCGUUGAUGAAGCUUCAGGAUCUAAUAUCCCUGUGCUUUCUGGGUUUAGUAUUCCUAAAUUGGUCUUGCAGAUAGUUACAGUCGAUGCCAUUUUCAGAGUCACAAGUCCAUCAGUGAGUGAGCUUGUUAUUUUAAAAGAGACUGCCUUUACUGUGUACAGCAAGGCUCGUCGUGUUUCACGUGGCAUCUCUAGUGAUUUAUCUCAAUUGGCAUUUUCUAGUAGAUCUCAGUCUGUUUUGCCCCAAAUGCCUUCUCCCAUCUCUGGGAUGUGGAAAGACUGUGUUGGUCCUCGAAUGGCAGGACAUUCUAUUCCAAGAGAGGGUGACAUUGAUACCAGCUUGAGACCUGGCAAUUGGGAUAAUUCUUGGCAACCGACAAGGUCUGGGGUUCUGAACUGUGAUCCAAGUAGAACUGGAGAUAUCUUUCCUCAUGAUGAAAUUCGCUACAUGUUUGAACCCCUAUUUAUUCUUGCUGAACCAGGUUCUCCAGAACAUGGUAUUUCAGUUAUUGGUAGCCCCGGUUCAGAAACUUCCAAGGCAUUGGCAGAUGACAGUAGUGGUAACCAUGUGCAGAGUACAAGUACAUCUGGGAGUGUGGAUUCUGCUUCAAGCAUUGAUGGAUCUGGGUCUGAUCAAAAGACUCAUCCAAGCUUACAUUGUUGCUAUGGAUGGACGGAGGACUGGCGUUGGCUUGUAUGCAUCUGGACAGAUUCAAGGGGGGAAUUGCUCGACACUAAUAUAUUUCCCUUUGGUGGAAUAAGCAGUAGGCAGGAUACAAAAGGUCUACAGUGCCUUUUUGGUCAAGUUCUUCAACAAGGUUGUCUGAUACUUCAAUCUUGUGAGCCUGGUCUUGCAAAGCCUCGGGAUUUUGUGAUAGCACGCAUUGGAGGCUUCUAUGAGCUUGAGUACCUAGAGUGGCAGAAAGCCAUUUAUUCAGCUGGUGGAUCUGAGAUGAAAAGAUGGCCCCUGCAACUCCGUAAGUCUCUGUCUGAUGGGAUGUCCUCAAAUAGUAAUGGUUCUUCUAUGCAACAACCAGAUAUGAGUUUGAUCCCAGAAAGAACUCUUCCUUCCUCCCCUAGUCCAUUGUACAGCCCUCAUCCGAAACCAACUGGUUUUAUAAAAGGCAAUUUAGGGCAAUCUGCUUCAAGGAAGCAGGUAAUGGGUGGACAUUCUAUGGUUGAAAAUUCAAGGGGUUUGCUCCAUUGGGCACAAAGCAUUAGUUUUGUUGCAAUUUCUAUGGACCAUACGCUACAACCAGUUCUCCCAGCCGAUUCAUCAUCUCCUGGUAAUGUAGAAGGGUUCACUCCAGUGAAGUCUCUUGGUUCUGCAUCGUCUGCAUAUGUUAUAAUUCCUUCUCCCAGCAUGCGGUUCCUUCCUCCAACAGCUCUUCAACUACCCACAUGCCUCACUGCUGAGUCUCCGCCUCUAGCUCAUUUGCUUCACAGCAAGGGUUCUGCACUUCCGUUCUCCACAGGAUUUGUGGUUUCAAAAGCAGUUGCUUCCAUGAGGAAGGACUAUCGAAGCAACCUGAAAGAAGAAUGGCCUUCAGUACUUUCAGUUAGCCUAAUCGAUUAUUAUGGAUGCUCUAACAUCACCCAAGAGAAGUUUGUUCGAGGAAUUAACAAGCAGGGUGGUAGAGGUUUGAGCUGGGAAGCUAAAGAUUUUGAAACUGAGACACACUUGAUUCUGGAAUCCCUUGCAGCAGAGCUUCAUGCCUUGUCAUGGAUGACAGUCAGCCCCGCAUACCUAGAACGAAGAACGGCACUUCCAUUCCAUUGUGACAUGGUUCUAAGACUAAGGCGACUUCUUCACUUUGCUGAUAAAGAGCUCCAUAAGAAGACAGAGAAAUCUUGA